UCUGAAAAUGUUCAAGAUUUACUGCUGUUGGAUGUCACUCUUCUUUCCCUUGGCAUUGAGACUGCUGGUGGAGUCAUGAUUGUCCUCAUCAAGUGCAAUACUACCAUUCCUACCAAGCAGACACAGACCUUCACUACCUACUCUGACAAUCAGCCUGGUGUGCUCAUUCAGGUUUAUGAAGGUGAGUGUGCCAUGACCAAGGAUAACAACUUGCUUGGUAAGUCUGAACUCACAGGCAUACCUCCUGCACCUUGUGGUGUUCCUCAGAUUGAAGUCACUAUUGAUAUUGAUGCUAAUGACAUCCUCAAUGUUUCUGCUGUGGAUAAGAGUAUAGGAAAAGAGAACAAGAUUACUAUCACUAAUGACAAGGGUUGUCUGAGCAAAAAGGACAUUGAGUGCAUAGUCCAGAAAGCUGAGAAGUACAAAGCUGAAGAUGAGAAGCAGUGGGACAAGGUGUCUUCCAAGAAUUCAUUUGAAUCCUAUGCAUUCAACAUGAAAGCAACUGUUGAAGAUGAAAAGCUUCAAGGAAAGAUCAAUGAUGAGGCCAAACAGAAGAUUCUUGACAAAUGCAGUGAAAUCAUCAACUGUCUUGAUAAGAACCAGACUGCAGAAAAGGAAGAAUUUGAAUAUCAGCAGAAAGAAUUGGAAAAAGUCUGCAACCCCAUUGUUACCAAGCUGUACCAGAGAGCAGGAGGCAUGCCUGGAGGAAUGCCUGGGGGCUUCCCUGGUGGUGGAGCCCCUCCCUCUGGUGGUGCUUCCUCGGGGCCCACCAUUGAAGAGGUCGAUUAA